AUGAACCCCUCCCAAACCACGGCGGCACAAGACCUCUCCUCCUCCUCCUUGUCCACCGCCUGCCGAUGUAGGAAGAGGAGAAGGAGGAGCAAGAGAAGAAAUGAAAAUCCAGAUGAGAAAAUUGAGGUGGAUAAGAAGAUAGUGGCGCUGCAGAAAAUAGUUCCCGGCGGCGAGAGGCUUCCGGUGGAUGAGCUCUUUCAAGAGACGGCGGAGUAUAUAUUUGCGUUGGAAAGCCAAGUUGAGGCAUUAAGGUUUCUUGCUGCCUUCGUUCAUACUUCCGACAAGGCAAAGAGGAAGCUCGGUGCUUGA